AUUACAGCAAAAGCAGCUGUCAUCUUUGUUACGCUUCAGUAUAAUGUCACCAUUCCUGCCACAGAAGAACAAUCUGCAGAAACAAUCUCUCUCUAUCAUUAUGGCAUCAAGGAUUUGGCUACAAUCUUCUUUUACAUGCUUGUAGCAAUAAUCAUACAUGCUAUUAUUCAGGAGUAUGUCCUGGAUAAAAUCAACAGGAAAAUGCACUUUUCAAAAACGAAGCAUAGCAAGUUCAAUGAAUCUGGACAACUCAGCGCCUUCUACCUUUUCUCCUGUGUUUGGGGCACAAGUAUUCUUGUCUCUGAGAACUAUAUAUCAGAUCCUACCUCUCUGUGGAGGGACUACCCGCACACUCUGAUUCCGUUUCAAAUGAAGUUUUUCUACAUCUCACAGUUGGCAUACUGGUUUCAUGCUUUUCCAGAAUUGUACUUCCAGAAAACCAAAAAAGAGGAUAUCUUUCGCCAGAUUGUUUACAUUGGACUUUAUCUCUUUCAUAUUGCUGGAGCCUAUCUUCUAAAUCUGACCCACCUUGGACUCGUUCUUCUGGUACUGCAUUACUUUGUGGAAUUUCUCUUCCACAUAUCUCGACUUUUCUACUUCAGUGAUGAAAGAUAUCAGAAAGGGUUUUCACUGUGGGCAGUUCUUUUUGUUUUGGGAAGACUUCUCACCUUGAUUCUUUCGGUCCUCACUUUUGGUUUUGGAUUGGCAAGAGCAGAAGAUCAGCAGCUGAAUUUCAGUACUGGAAACUUCAAUAUCCUGGCGGUUAGAAUCAGUGUGCUGGCAUCCAUCUGUAUGGCUCAAGCGUUUAUGAUGUGGAAGUUCAUCAAUUUCCAGCUUCGCAGGUGGAGAGAACAUUCUUCUUCUCAGCCUCAGUCGGUGAAAAAGAAGUUUGUAACAGCAAAAGGAAAGACGUCCAGAAGAGAAAGAGAAAAUGGAAUAAAUGGAACAGUGACCUCAAAUGGAGCAGACUCGCCUCGUAGCAGGAAGGAAAAGUCCUCGUAAAACUGGGUUUUAUUAAGUUAAUUGACUAAUGUCCCCAAAGAAUCUGCUUUUUACAUGGAAGGCCCUUCAGCACUAGAGAUGUUACAGAUUAAAGAAAAUACAGUUCAUGGUUUUGGAUUAUUGCUAUUGUUUGUGAAACUUUUUUUAAAACCCAUUUUGACUAAGAAGGGUUUCUCUGUCUUCAGAUACUUGGGGAGGGGGGUACAACACUUUUUAAAUAACAUUGACACUUUUUUAGACAUUUAUUGUGAUGAAAUAACUUCACUUAAUGAGGAUCACUGAUGCUAUGUAUUAUUUCCCUCCAGCUUUUAUAGUCUUGGUGAUAUAUAUUGUUCCACCAACAUCACUUUUUUCAAAAAGUAUUGCAAAAUUGAAGUAAAAACAGUACAGAUAUUGGAGCUUUUCAGUAUAUUACCUUGAUUCAAAUUUACAGUUCAAAUUGGAUGUCUAAGACCAAAAAAAUCUAGUUUGUAGUUAUUAACUACAACCUGUGUUCCAAGACGUGCCCCGUAUCAUUAAAGCAGAACUGAACUGAUUGGAAUUGUUGCGGAGUCUUGUUGUCUGUGUUGGUUAGAAGUCUCUUGUAAGGAAUAAAAGCCUUUCUGAGAUAGAGCUUUAGCACUUGAAAAUUAGAAGGGAGAGUGUAUGUCAUAGAGUUGAUUUGAGUAGCACUAUUAACUCCUGUCCGUGCUUUUACACUGUACAUAUCUCAGAAUUAGUGUCCAUUGGACCUAUCCUGAAAACUCGUUUGUCUGAUUUUAGAGGGUGGAGGUUCUUGCUGUGUGGUGUUGUGCCUGUUCCGGGGGCAUGUCAUGCUCCCGUGGAGAGGGAAUUUGUUAGAUAAAUGGAUCAAGUUAUGACAAACAUUCCUUUAUUCUAACUACUUUGCUUUGUUUCACCUCUGUUAGGAAAUAGUUUUGAUUUCUUCUAUAUAUAUUUUUAUGAAAGAAAUAUUUAAAAGCUACAACUUCUUAAAAUUGAUUUAUUGUGCCCUUUGCUACGACUGGAGAAAUCUUAAUUUAAGGUUUUGUCCAUAUCUGUCUUUCAUAGUUGUAUUAAAUGUGAAGCUUUGUCCAGUUAAUUUUCCAGUUUAUUAUGCAGUUAAUGUUUUCAUGUGUACCCCUUUGUAAUGGCUGUAACUCAUCCCAUUUUGCUUCAGAAUGAGUUGAAAAGUGAAUUCAGUCUUCAGAAGAAGUUGCUAAAUCAGCCUUUCAAGUUAACACGCAUAUUGGGCUGCUUAUAGAGCGAGUGGGAGUUAC